CCAUCCCCGUUUCCCUGCGCUAAGACCCCGGGACGGAAAGUGGAUAGACAGUAGGCACGCCACGACGUGCCUCAGUGGAACUCACAGAUGGGUACCGGGGAGAAAAAUCACCACACUGAAUGAGAUCACCCUUGAAAAGGAGGAUUGUGUGUAGUGUGACCCUGGGGAAGGGGACGCUCGAGCUAAAAGCUGAAUUGCAGACAGUGUGCCUGCAAGGAGGUAGGGUGCACAGACCUGUCUGUGGCAGGGGAACUCUGGUCCCUAAGAACACAAGAGAAAUAAUAACCAAGCCUACGAAGUUGAAAUCUCAGACCUCAUAAGUUUGGUUAUGAGUUGCUAAAGUCAUGGUGAAAUGUUGCUCGGCCAUUGGAUGCGCUUCUCGCUGUCUGCCAAAUUCCAAGUUAAAAGGACUGACAUUUCAUGUAUUCCCCACAGAUGAAAAUAUCAAACGAAAAUGGGUAUUAGCAAUGAAAAGGCUCGAUGUGAAUGCUGCAGGCAUUUGGGAGCCUAAAAAAGGAGAUGUGCUGUGUUCAAGGCACUUUAAGAAGACAGAUUUUGACAGGAGUGCUCCAAACACCAAACUGAAACCAGGAGUCGUCCCUUCUGUCUUUGAGUCCCCACGUCACUCACAGGAGAAAAGAGAAAAACUUCAUUGUAGGAAAAACUUUAUUCUCAAAACCCUUCCAGUCACCAACCAUGGUCACCAGCUUGUUGAUGCCUCAUGCAUUGAAGAAUUCCAAUCUCAGUUCAUUUUUGAACAUAGCUAUAGUGUUAUGGACAGUCCAAAGAAACUUAAGCAUAAAUUAGAUCAUGUGAUCAUCGAGCUAGAGAAUACCAAGGAGAGUCUACGGAAUGUUUUGGACCGAGAAAAACACUUUCAGAUAUCACUGAGGAAGACCAUCAGGGAACUGAAGGACGAAUGUCUGAUCAGCCAAGAAACAGCCAGGAGACUGGAUGCUUUCUGUUGGGGGUGCUGUCAUGAAAACACAGACUGAGACUGGAUUUUGUGAAGAUGUCCUAUGUGUUCCGUCUGCAGUUGACGUUGAUAAUGCUCCUUAGUAGAUCCUCACACACCAUCACUAAAUCCUGUCAUCACUGACAGCAUCAUGCAUUAUCCCUGCUAGCCAAAAACACACUGAAGAUGUGCAGACAUGUGUUGUGGUUAUGCUUUUGUGUGACUGGUGACAAUUAUGUUUUUACAGUGCUGGGUCACUAUUGUAAGAUGGUUAGAUCUCAAAAAAGUAAGGAACUAUAUCAAGUUGGCCACAUUAGUUAUAGCAACUGGAACAUCAGAAUUUUGUUUACAACACACAUUCAUCUUUCCUCCAACCCAAGGUGCUUUAGUUAUUGAUCAUACUAAAGAAUACUUUUUCAAUGCACUCUGUAGCACUGACCCUGAGAAUAGCCCACGGAAAAGAUUUAUUGGCUUUUAAGUUAAGAGCCAAUUGGAGACGACUCCUGACAGGAUGUCAGUUUUUCGGUACAGUACUUCGUUCCUCCUCACAGGGACUUGUCAGAAUAGCUUCCAACACCAAAGACUGCAGGCGCAGAAGUUUGACUCCAAGUGAACAGUUGGUACUCCACAAGAAUGUGACUUUGCAGCUGUUUUCACUCAGCUCUCCAUGCACAGGGCUGCUGCCAGCUGAAGCUUUGCAGUGCUGUUCUGUGGUUUUUAAGAAGGUUAUAUUGCCGACACUUUCAAAGCUGUAAAACGUAAGGAAAGCUGUUUCAAAUGGGCAGAUCUUCGUUGGGAAUAGAAACAGAGACUCGAUGACUGU